UUGGUGGAACAUUGUAAAUACACACGUGAACGGAGUUUUCUCUUAUGACAGCAUAGAUCUGCAGAUCGUCUUUUGCAAACUCAAAAUGACACGGUGGGCCCGUGCAAACAACGUCCACAAACACAAGCCGGCAGAUGCCACACCGUGGAAGCAGCUCAAGGCAAACCGGAAUGCUGAAAAAGCAAGAACAAGCUCUGGUGAUCAAAGAUGUCAAGCCAAAAGCCACGAUGGAACCCCAAAGGCUCUACGGCACAUUCAGGAGAGGCCAGGCUUAAGGAAACCUAACAAAAAUAAGAUAAGAGAGCACAACAGUGAAGAUGUGAAUGGGUUUAUGGAGUAUUUGAAGCAGACAGGUCAGACACUGCAGAGAAAGAGACCUGGAGAGGCCAGUACAGACCACGAUCUGCGGGAAGAAGUAGCAACGGCGUUGAAGAAAGACAAACGACGAGAGAACAGACGGCUAAAGAGACAAAAUGUUAAAAAGAACAACAUGGUCUGCUUCAACUGUAGGAAGCCUGGUCAUGGUCUCGCCGACUGCCCAGAGGCAGAUCAUGAUGAAGAAAUGGGUCGUGGCAUCUGUUAUCGAUGUGGUUCCACCGAGCAUGAGAUCCAGAGGUGUCGUGCUAAAGUGGAUCCUGCUAUGGGUGAUUACCCGUAUGCCAAGUGUUUUAUCUGUGGUCAGACGGGUCAUCUGUCCAAAACCUGUCCUGAUAACCCAAAGGGAAUGUAUGCUGCAGGAGGUUGCUGUCGGGUUUGUGGCUCAGUGGAACAUUAUCAGAAAGACUGUCCUGAACAUCAGUCCUCAACCAAUUCCAUUACCCUUGGUAGGCUGUCCAAUAGAAUCAGUGCUGAUCAUGAAGACGUCCAUGUUCCUGUGAAGAAGGUGCAAGCCAAGAAGGACAAGGUGGUGGUAUUCUGACCCAAAACUGAUUUGCAAUUAAGACAUGAAUCCCUGUUUGGCUUCUGAUGUCGUGAAUUUACAAACCUCUGCGCUCCAUCAGUGAUAGACAGUCUGCCAUGGACUUUUUAGCCACAAACAAGAAUGACUGUGCCUGCUUUGAGACAAUUUACUUGCUAAAGUGCCAAAGACUUGUGGACAUCACGAACUAGAUCAAGAAAUCUCAAGAUCUAAUUUUGAAUCUUUAAUCUUGCUUGGAAAGAUGAAUUGUAUGUUCUUAAUUCCAAGCUCAACAACGACUGAGAAAAUGUAAAUUAAAAAAGCAGCAAUUAUUUACAGAAUAGUUAUCUACAAAGAAUCUUGUAGAAGGAUUUUUGAUGUGUUUUUUGUGGUGGCUGCAAUGUAAUGUACUUCUAUGCUAUCAAUCUGCAGACAGAACUAUAAAUAAUGAACUGUGCAGUAUAAUACAGAAGCUACAUUCACAAAAGAA